AUGGCCGAUGCUUGGCCUAAUGUCCUUGGACGUGUUUCAGCGCCUGCUGAACUCCUUCAAUUUACACCUCUUAGCGGGCCGAUGCUUGAAAAGACACUCCCUAAUGUCCUACCCGAACGUGUUUCAGAACCCCUUCGGUGUACACCUCUUAGCGGUGACGUUAUGGAUUUCGAUGAUGUAGAAUCAAUUCUUGAUGCUAUAAAAAAGAAAGCUUCUACAAUAUAUUCUACUUUUGAUGAAACUGUUAAAAGGCCAGAAAUUAAAAUUUUACUUGAGAGAAUAGAAAAGAGGGUACAAAAACAGACCGAAUAUAUAUCUAUAUUAUUUGUAAAUUCUCAAGGAGACACAAGUCAAAUGGAUAAACGGACUGUGAAGAGUUCUUCUAAUGUCGAAAGAGCAAAAAAAGUACCAAAACUGACAAGGUAA